UGGCGUCCACAGAGUCGUGCCGGUACGGGGCAUUUAGUCUACAGUGUCUGUGAUACGCCGAAGCUCAAAGUGACCCAAAAAGCCUCGAAUAAGAGCGCUCUUAAUUUCCAGAAUUCGGCGACCGGCGAAACGGCUCUUCCAGAUACUGGUGAAACCCGACAUGAAAACUGGCUCUUUAGUCCAAUGUUUGAUUUUGAGGAAACCUUGAGCAUUCACGUUGGCAUUGUCUUUCAAAACCAACACUGCGGUGUGGGUCCAGAUUUUGAGAAUGGACACGGGAUGCUCUGCCAUGAAAGCAUCGACUUGAUGGUGCAGUAUUCGACAAAAUCCCAAAACGGAGAAAGCCAGAACCGUUUUAACUUGCUUCACAAAGUUUCCAAUGAAGAGAACAAAAGUACGACAGACUUUGGUGCAUCAAACCCGUUCAAAAGUAUUACCAUCCAAUUUCGGUCGCAGAAAGGCUGGUUUCAGCUGGCUCUGCGUGAUCGCGGUGCCUGCAUUCUGGUUGAUCACUUGACUGUUUUUCAUUUAGCCUGCGCAUUGACACAGGUCGACCAGCAUUCAACAUUGCGGCGCGUACCAUUACAAAAAACACGCGCGGGACACACUUCGGAAGUUCGUUUUGUUAAGGGCCAGUGCAUUGAAGGUGCCGCUUUGAAGAACUUGAGUGCAGGAUUUGUGGAAAGUAGUGGUGCACAGUGCUUGCCCAACGGUAAAUGGCGCUUCAAGAUGGAAACCGAGUGCAUUUGUCAGAAGGGCUAUGAAUUUCUAAUUGGAAUUGGAACUUGUCAAAGUUGUCCCCGUGGAACUUACAAGCAACACACUGGCAAUCACAAGUGUUCGGUCUGUCCCCUUAACUCCGUGGCUCGGGAUUAUGGGCAGAACAGGUGUGAAUGCUUGCCCGGCUACUUCAGACUUUCGGUAGAUUCUGCGGAGUCAGAAACCAUGGAUUGUUACGGUACGAAUGAGGUUCAAGAAUCGCUUUUGUUCCCAUAUUUACCCUAA